AAGCAACAACAAUAUAACCUCACUUUUUGACUUCACUUUCCUCAAAAUAAUGUUUUAUAUUUAUGCAAAUAUAACGAUUAUAACGAACAAAUGUUGACUAUUUUCUAUUCAAAUGGCGAAAUGUUUGUAUAUGAUGCUGAUGAUUGGGUCAUAUUGAGAAAGCAGCAUAGAAUUGUUGGUCAAAUAAUUGGGAACUCGAACCAUAUUCCUUCUCUUCCUCUUAAAAUAUUACCAGAGGAAGCCUACCUAUUGUGUCAUAAAAAACUAGCAGAUAUUAGGAUUUUACCAAAAACUAUUAGAGAUGUAGAUGAAACGAAAAUAAGAGAAUAUGAAGACACAUUACUGCAAGCUCAAAUUGAAGAGUACAGAAAAAUCAGAAAAACCCAGUUGUUGAAUAUGAUAGAUAAAAUUGUGGAGAAACGAAGAAAACUUGAUGACAAUCGUAGUGUGGAAGAAAUACUGAAUGAAGAAUUAGAAAAGUCAACCACCAUCAACAAAGCCAAUAUGAUUUGGCCAAUAUUGAGUGUUCCUAGUGAUUUAGACAUUUCACAAUUACAAAUUCUAACAGAGGAAGCUCUUCUGGAAAGAACUACAAAGUUAAAACAGAAAGUAUUCUCCGACUUAUGGGAGAGAGGAUUUUAUGUGACUGAAGGAAGCAAGUUUGGGGGCGAUUAUUUAGUGUAUUAUGGUGACCCUGUGUGUCAUCAUGCAAUUUUCAUUAUCAAAUGUGUAGACAAUUCCAAAAACAUUUCUCCUAGUGAAAUUGUCACUAUGGGGCGCCUAGGCACUUCUGUGAAAAAGAAAGCUGUGCUGGCCUCCUUAGUAAAUGAUGAAGUUAGUUAUAUCACAGUGAACUGGAUUGAUGCCUGAAAACAUGUUAUCCUGUUUUUCUCCAUAGAAUUCUGAAUAAAUUCAAUGCUGAAAUUCAUCCUGGGAAUAAUAUUUAUUAUUCCACAGAAACAUGUUUAUAACAGGAAACUAGUAAAUCUUACCCAUAUAUUACCCAAGUAAACCAAUUGUUAUGUGAAAUUUCACUAUAAUUUUUGAAAGACUGGUAAAUAUCACUUCCA